UACCCGCUGCCGUAGUACGACUGACAGAAGGCUGCUGUAGUCCCCUUACUAAAGGGGCCUCUGACUUUUUCUGGGAGGGUCCUGUGUGCUGCAAUCUAGCCCUAGAGAGUACAGCUCCCCUGAGCCCUUGAGGAAACUAGGAAGAGAGGGCUGGUCUGAGCUUGUCCAGGCAUGUUGAGAGAAGGGCUCAGCGGUCUGGGAUUCUCCAUUUUGGGGAGACGGGAGCCAGGCAGCUGUGGAAGAUCCAUAUAUCCAGUCCGGGAGCUAUUGUGUUGCAGCUUCAGCCUGUGACUAGGAGUCUGUGGGUACCUGGAUCUAACGGGGUGCUGAUUGCCCUAGAGGGGAGAGACUCUGGCUGUGCCUGUAGCUGAGGGGGACUACACAAAAACCAGCACACAGGAGGAGGCUACAGCAGAAUAAGUGGCUUGUUUAUUGGACACACUGGGCGCACAGAACUGAAUCCCAUUGUGGCAAGUGCAGAAAUGUUGAAACUCAAGCCAGGCUGCAGAACACCUACGUCUUGCUUCGGCUCAGCCCACGGCCAGCAGAGCCACGGAAAGGAAAUGGCUGUGGCGGAGCCGGUGACCUUCAAGGAGGUGGCUGUGUAUUUCUCUGGGGAGGAAUGGGCGCUGCUGGACCCAAGUCAGAGAGCCCUCUACUGGGAUGUGAUGCAGGAGAAUUAUGAGGCCGUGAGCUGUCUGGGUGGCAGAACACCCAUGUCUUUCUCCAGCACAGCCCAUGGCUUGCAGAGCCAGGGAAAGAAAAUGUCUGUGACGGAGCCAGUGACUUUCGAGGAAGUGGCUGUGUAUUUCUCUGGAGAGGAAUGGGCUCUGCUGGACCUGGGCCAGAGAGCCUUCUACUGGGAUGUGAUGCAGGAGAAUUACGAGGCUGUGAGCUGGCUGGCAGGUGAUGGGAUGCUGAGUGAGAACAAUGAGGGGAGCCUUCAUCAGGAAGGACCGGAACAAGUUGCUCCAUGUGAAAUCUUAUUGGGAAGAUCUGAAGGGCAUGUUUCUCAGAGUCCUGAGCAGGGAGAGACCUUUGGGAGUCAGUGUAGCCCAGAGGGGCAGCAGGGAAACCAGGGACAGGAUCAUCAAGGAAUGCAUCCAACUGACAAAAUCAGUGACUUUCCUGCUUGUGUGAAAACCUUACGUUACAAAUCUGGAGUUAUUGCACCCCAGCGGAGCCACCGAACAAAGCAGCCCUUCAUCUGCCCUGAGUGUGGGAAGAGCUUCACUUGGCGCUCAGGCCUUGAUAGACACAGAAGAGUCCACACAAGACAAAAACCUUUUCACUGCUCUUCCUGCAGGAAAAGCUUCAGUCAGCGCUCAGACCUUAUUCAACAUCAGGCAGUACAUACAAGUGAGACGCCAUAUAACAGCUCUUACAGUGGGAAAAGCUCCCAUCAGCACUCAAGCCUUAAUGAUCACCAGAGAAUCCACACAGGAGAGAAACCAUUCAGCUGCUCUCAGUGUGGGAAAAAUUUCAGACGGAAGUCAGCCCUGAUUAAACAUCAGAAAAUCCACAUGGGGGAGAAACCUUUCAGCUGCUCUGACUGUGGGAAAAGCUUCAGUAGCAGAUUCCAUCUCAUUAGACAUCAGAGAAUCCACACAGGAGAAAAGCCGUUUAGCUGCUCUGAGUGUGGGAAAAGCUUCAGACAGAAGUCAGCCCUGAUUGAACAUCAGAGAAUCCACACAGGAGAGAAACCAUUCAGCUGCUCUCAGUGUGGGAAAAAUUUCAGACGGAAGUCAGCCCUGAUUAAACAUCAGAAAAUCCACAUGGGGGAGAAACCUUUCAGCUGCUCUGACUGUGGGAAAAGCUUCAGUAGCAGAUUCCAUCUCCUUAGACAUCAGAGUAUCCACACAGGUUGGAAACCCUUCAACAGCUCUGACUGCAGCUGCCUCGCAGGUGAUGGGAAGCUGAGUGAGAACAAUAAGGAGAGUCUUCAUCAGGAAGGACCGGAACAAGUGACUCCACAUGAAAUGUUGGGAAGAUCUGAACGGCAUGUUUCUCAGAGUCCUGAGCAGGGAGAGACCUCUGAGAGUCAGCGUAGCCCAGAAAGAAAGCAGGGAAACCAGGGACAGGACCAUCAAGGAAUGCAGCCAGCUGAGGAAAUCUGUGACUGUCCUGCUUGUGUGAAAACCUUACGUUACAAAUCUGGUGUUAUUGCACCCCAGCGAAGCCACCGAACAAAGCAGCCCUUCAUCUGUCCUGAGUGUGGGAAGAGCUUCACUUGGCGCUCAGGCUUUGAAAGACACAAGAGAGUCCACACAGGAGAGAAACCCUUUCAGUGCUCUUCCUGCAGGAAAAGCUUCAGUCGGCACUCAGGUCUUGUUAGACACAGGAGACACCACACAAGAGAGAAAUCCUUUCAGUGCUCGACCUGCAGGAAAAGCUGCACUCGGCACUCAGGCCUUAUUCAGCAUCAGGCAAUACAUACCAGUGAGAUGCCAUGUAACAGCUCUGACAGUGAUAAAGGCCCCCAUCAGCACUCAGGCCUUAUUGAUCAUCAGCGAACCGAUGCAAGAGAGAAACCAUUUAGCUGCUCUGUGUGUGGGAAAAGUUUCAGGCAUAACUCAGGCCUCAUUGAUCAUCAAAGAAUCCACACAGGUGAGAAACCCUUCUGCUGCUCUGACUGUGGGAAAAGCUUCAUUAGAAGAUCACAGCUCCUUAGCCAUCAGAGACUCCACACAGGAAAGACACCAUUUAGCUGCUCUGCAUGUGGGAAAAGCUUUUAUCGGCGCUCAUGUCUUCUUACUCAUCAGAGGACCCACACAGGGGAGAAACCCUUCAGCUGUUCUAGCUGUGGGAAAAGCUUCAGUCAGAGCUCACGCCUGGCUCAACAUCAGAGAAUCCACACAGGUUGGAAACCCUUCAACUGCUCUGACUGUGGGAAAAAAUUCACUUCAAACGCACAUCUCGUUAGGCAUCAGAGAACCCACACAGGAGAGAGACCCUUCAGCUGCUCUGACUGUGGGAAAAGUUACAAGCAGAAGACCGACCUUAUUAAACAUAGGAGAAUCCACACUGGAGAGAAACCUAAUAAGUCCUCUGUACCUGACAAAGUUAAGUUUCUUGCCUAUCUUUUUGAUGAUAGUAUUGUGUUGAUUGAGAUUGAUUAAUAAAUAUAUUAAUGUGUAGUUAGUAUAGAAGUAAUAAAGAGCUGUAAGGCAUGAAA